AUGCCUGCCCGCCAUCUGAAAUCAAGGUCAAACGCAUUGGCUGUCUCCACAGCUUCUCAAGUCGAUGUCAGCUCAGUCGUUAAGGGCGUGAUAGACGAUGUCCGACAGAAUGGCGAUGCAGCCGUACGCAAGUACUCUGAGAAGUUUGAUAAGUGGUCGCCAGCUUCGUUCAAGCUGUCCCAGGCAGAUAUUGAUGACGCGAUUGCGGCCUGUCCCCAACAGACCACCGACGACAUCAAAGAGGUCCAAAAGAAUGUGCGUGCAUUUGCACAAGCUCAACGCGAGUCUCUGAAGGACUUUGAGUAUGAGAUUCAGCCUGGUGUUGUUCUGGGACAAAAGAAUUUGCCUAUUAGCUCCGUCGGCGCAUAUAUCCCUGGUGGGCGGUACCCUCUUCUUGCAUCCGCCCAUAUGACCAUCUUAACUGCAAAAGUUGCCGGUGUGCCGCACGUCGUGGGGUGCACUCCACCCAUUGCUGGCAAGAUUCCUCAUGCCACAAUUGCAGCCAUGCACCUUGCUGGUGCCGACGAGAUAUAUCUCCUCGGCGGUGUUCAGGCGAUCGCUGCAAUGGCCGUUGGUACUGAGACCAUGCAAAAGGUGGACUUCAUCGCGGGCCCCGGAAAUGCUUUCGUGGCUGAAGGCAAGAGGCAGCUCUUUGGGGAGGUCGGAAUUGACCUCUUCGCUGGACCGACCGAAAUCCUGAUUGUUACAGACGAUACGGCGGAUCCUUUUACCGUUGCUACCGACAUCCUCUCCCAGGCCGAACACGGGCCUGACUCUCCUGCAGUGAUAAUAACUACAUCGGAGAGCGUAGGCCGGAAGGCUAUUAAGAUUAUCGAUGAAUUACUCAAACACCUUUCAACUGCGGAUGUGGCAGGUGUUUCGUGGGAGCGAUUCGGCGAGGUGAUUGUUGUUGAUACGAUGGAGGAAGCGUGGAAACUGGCAGAUGAAUAUGCCAGCGAGCAUGUACAAGUCUUUACGAAACGACCCCGGGAUGCAUUGGACAAUAUGACAGCAUACGGAGCGCUUUUCUUGGGUGAGAAGACGUGUGUUUCUUACGGGGAUAAGGUGAUUGGAACCAACCAUGUGCUCCCAACCAAGAAAGCAGCUAGAUAUACCGGUGGCCUCUGGAUUGGAAAGUAUCUCAGGACUGUGACAUAUCAGGAGGUGGAGAGUAGCAAGGCCAGUGGCGAAUUGGGCAGGCUCUGUGGACGAGCAGCUAGAGCAGAAAACUUCGAAGGCCAUGCUCGGUCUGGGGACUUGCGUGCGCAGAAGUAUCUGAAUGAUCAGUAUGAUUGGAUCAAGCUUGUAUUCUGUGUCGACAACAUGACCCAGCUCAACGAAACAUCCGUUACUCCCAAUUCGGGGAGCGAGAAUCGCCCCCUCAAGGUGUUGGUCGUUGGAGCCGGUAUUGGCGGACUAACGGCCGCUAUUGCGCUCCGUAAACAGGGCCACGAUGUACAAAUAUUCGAACAGUCGCGGCUGGCAACUGAGACUGGAGCUGCGCUUCAUAUUGCUCCGAACGCGAAUGGAAUCCUCCGACGUCUGGGGAUAUGUGCGGAGGAAUUCGGUGCAAAUGCGUUCGAGAGGUUGACGGAAUACACUGCGAGCGGCAAAGUAGAAAGGUCUAUGGAGCUCUCAGAAAAUCAUAAGAUAUGGCAGCAUAAAUGGUUACUUGCUCAUCGCAUUGACUUAUACAACAAGCUGAAGAGCAUAGCAACCAAUGCUGAGGAUGGAAGACCAGCCAUUCCUUUACGAACAUCAAGUCGAGUGGAAAAUAUAGAUGUUGAAGCCGCACGGAUUACUUUGGAGAACGGUGCGAAUUUUGUAGGCGAUAUUGUUCUCGGUGCCGAUGGGGUUCACUCGAUAACAAGAAGUGCGAUUCCCGGAGGCGAUAUCAAACCAUUUUGCAGCGGCAAGAGUGCAUUCCGGUUCCUAGUGUCUAAGCAAGCCGCCCUUGAUGACCCGGUCACUGCACCUUUGGUUAAACACCCCGGGGAGCUGUGUAUGUGGUAUGGAACAGAUCGUCGCAUUGUUAUGUACCCAACCUCCCAGAACUCCGUCCUGAACUUCGUGGUAAUCCAUCCCGAGGCCGAGUCGGCCGAUCAGGCAGCCGACGGGUGGGAUCAAAGUGGAAACCUCGACAGAAUGCUUCAAAUUUUCUCCUCCUUCGAUCCCACAAUUCUCAAGCUCUUAGCCAAGGCCGAUCCUGAAAGUGUAAAGGUAUGGAAACUCCUUGAUAUGGAGUCGAUUCCACAGUGGCACCAUGGACGUUUGGCUCUUCUGGGUGAUGCUGCGCAUCCGUUCUUGCCACAUCAGGGACAAGGAGCAGGAAUUGCAAUCGAGGACGCAGCUUCGCUUGCUGUUGUUCUUCCACUAGGAACCCCUGUGGAGGAGAUACCCGAGAGACUGCAGCUUUACCAUGACAUCCGUUACGAGCGCGCAACCCAGGUCCAAGAAUAUUCUCGGAUACUUGGUGAAGAUCGGGCCAAUGGCAAGGAGCUUGAUAUGUACGGGUUCGUUAACUUCAACUGUGGCCACGACGAAUGGGACAACUCCACUCAAAAGCUCCGUGAAUGGACCUGGAAACGGAUUCCUAGCCCCUACUGGCGGAUGCCCAUUGCCUUCGGGCCUAUGCCAGGUCCUCGCCAAACACAUCUCGGAGUUCCCAGAGACGGAACGAAGUCCACCUUCACCACUGCGUCAAUCAAAUUCAAGACGUCCCGAACAGUUCUCCAGAAUCUGUUCCCACCCGGCCGGCGUGGCUGGCGCUUUGCUUCGCCCGGCACCGUCGCCUACGCGUCCUUCGCGAAAACCACGCUGAACAAGAUGGAAUGGCUGGGCGGCUCAGGAUACAGCCACAUCGGUCUUUAUGUCCACGGCGUCGAAUACGUCAAGAAAGACGGCUCUACCGUGAAGGGCUCGUACCUCCCCAUCCUGUUCGAAUCGCUGACGGAUCCGAUUGUCUCUGGUCGAGAGGAGCUAGGUAUGCCCAAGCUGUACACGUCUAUCGAUGUCUAUCGCCGAGCGACAUCUUAUCGCAUCCGAACUGGCUGGCAAGGCGCACUCUGGGGUAACUUCCUUCUUGAGGACCUAGUCGAGAUUGACCCGUCGUCUGCAUCAGGUGGAAUCAGUGGAGAAGCAGACGCUGGUAUGCUAGCAUAUAAAUACAUCCCAAAAUGUGGCCGCGCAAAUAAGAAUGUGCCGGCGGAGGAGCAUGCCGUCUGGGAUCCGUUCUCAGAAGCGACGCCGAAGCCCGCGCCAAAAAGGGUGUACACGACCAAGAAGGCGAGUUUUCAGAUUGAUGCUCUGGACUGGGAACAACUGCCCACAUUGCAUCAUGUCAUUUCACGGCUGGCGGAAGUACCUGUCUACGAGGUUAUAGGGGCCAAGGUCGUUGAGGGUGAGGGUGUUCCCGAUGUGUCGGGGGCGAGACCAAUCGAGUAA